GUAUCUACUACCUGCAGCUGAUAAAACUGUGAUAACAGUACAGUUUGCACUGUUGUGGAAUUGUGUUGUGUUUGUGAAAUGUUGAUGUUUAAGUGAUUUAUAAUAUCUGAGCCUAUCAAAUUUAGAACAAUAUGGCUUAUCCCAUGUAUGAAGUCGAUUGGAGUGUGCUGCCGCCAGAACAAAAUAGAAGGUUUAACCCGGCCUUUAAUAUUGCAACCAUAAAGCAAGUGGUGAAUGAGGCCAUUGAAAGAGUCGCGCCGGUUUCAGUGCGCAUGCCCACGCCGACCCGACUGCGGGAUCUCAUCAGGCAAAUCAGGGCUGCGCGUACGGCGGCGGAAGAAAGGAGCGUCGUCAACAAGGAGUGCGCCUAUAUUAGGUCCACUUUCAGAGAAGAGGAUAGCGUUUGGAGAUGUCGCAACAUCGCGAAACUCCUCUACAUCCACAUGCUGGGCUACCCAGCACACUUCGGUCAGCUGGAGUGUCUCAAACUGAUCGCCAGUACGCGGUUCACGGACAAACGAGUGGGCUACCUCGGCGCCAUGUUGCUACUAGAUGAGCGGCAAGACGUCCAUCUGCUCAUCACGAACUGUCUCAAGAACGAUCUCAACAGCAACACCCAAUUCGUGGUUGGUCUCGCAUUAUGUACACUCGGCGCCAUCGCCUCUCCAGAAAUGGCGAGAGAUUUGGCAUCAGAAGUCGAGCGACUGAUCAAGAGUCCAAACGCGUACAUCAAGAAGAAGGCAGCAUUAUGUGCGUUCCGCAUUAUAAGAAGAGUACCAGAUUUGAUGGAGAUGUUCCUACCGGCUACGAGGAGUUUGUUGACGGAGAAGAACCAUGGUGUCCUUAUCACGGGUGUGACGCUCAUCACAGAGAUGUGCGAAAACAGUCCCGACACACUCAACCACUUCAAAAAGAUCGUUCCGAACCUGGUACGGAUACUGAAGAAUUUGAUACUGGCCGGUUACUCGCCCGAGCAUGACGUCAGUGGCGUCUCGGACCCCUUCCUUCAGGUUAAAAUCCUCCGCCUCCUCCGGAUACUGGGCAAGAACGACGCGGAAGCGUCCGAGGCCAUGAACGACAUCCUAGCCCAAGUGGCCACCAACACGGAGACCAGCAAAAACGUGGGCAACACCAUCCUCUACGAGACCGUGCUGUCCAUCAUGGAUAUCAAGUCCGAGAGCAGUCUACGGGUCCUCGCGGUGAACAUCCUCGGAAGAUUCCUUCUGAACAACGACAAGAACAUCAGAUACGUGGCGCUGAACACGCUGCUGAGGACGGUGCAUGUCGACACGUCGGCCGUGCAGCGGCAUCGGACCACCAUUCUGGAAUGUUUGAAGGACCCCGACAUCUCCAUCCGGCGGCGCGCCAUGGAGUUGUCCUUCGCGCUCGUGAACCAGCAGAACAUCCGCAGCAUGAUGAAGGAGCUCCUCGUGUUCCUGGAGCGCUCGGAGCCCGAGUUUAAGGCGCACUGCUCCAGCGCCAUGCUGCUGGCCGCCGAGAGAUACGCGCCCACCAACAAGUGGCACCUGGACACGCUGUUCAAGGUGUUCCUCAAGGCGGGCAACUACCUCCGAGACGACACCGUUUCAAGCACCAUCCAGAUCAUCUCGUCGGCCCCGGCCGAGCGGCAGGCCUACGCGGCCAUGCGGCUCUGGAGCUCCCUCGAGCGCUCCGCCGUCAACGGCGACUCCUCCGACAAGCAGCCGCUGGUGCAGGUGGCAACAUGGACAAUAGGAGAAUACGGCGAUCUGUUGGUGUCGGAAGCCAGCAAUGCUAUUUCCAUGGUUGACGAUGACGGCGUAGACGACUUCGAGCGUCCGCGCGAGGAGUACGUGAUCGACAUCUACCAGAAGCUGCUUUGGUCGACUCAACUUUCCAUCACCACUAAGGAGUUCUUGCUGCUGUCGUUAGCUAAGCUGUCGACCAGGUUCACCAGCCAGCCUAGUCAGGAUAAAAUCCGAGUGAUAAUCGACACGUUCGGAUCUCACAUUCACAUCGAGUUGCAACAGAGAGGAGUGGAGCUAUCUCAACUAUACAGACAAUACGCGCACCUGCGGCCCGCCUUACUGGAGCGCAUGCCGCCCAUGGAGGCGCCCUCCGCGCGCGCGCGCGACGACGCCGAGCCCGAGCCCGAGCCGGCAGCGGAGCCCCAAGCGCAGGACAACCACCAGGACGCCCUCCUGGAUUUGAUCAUUGGGUCGGAGCCGCUGACGAACGGCGACGCCGAGCACCGCACCGACAUCGCGGCGAACAACAACAAUAACAACACCAACACUAAUGAUAUCCUGGACUUGUUAAGUGGGCUAGAGCUGACCAGCAGCCCUGCGGCCGCGCCGCCGCCGGCGCUCAACAACAACGCGGCCAACAACGCCAGCCUGCUGCUCGACGGACUGUUCGCCGCGCCACAGCCUGUCAUUUCACAACCCUCCCUGAUAGUACCGGCGCUGGACAAGGCCGGGCUGGUGGUGGUGCUGGAGGCGGAGCGCGGCGCGGCGCACUGCGUCACGCUCACCAUGCGCGCGCGCAGCUCGCGCCUCGAGCCGCUCACUGACUUCCUGUUCCAGGCCGCCGUGCCCAGGACGUUACAGCUUGACAUGAUGUCGCCGUCGGGCACGGUGCUGCCACCGCAGGGAGAAAUCACUCAGGUCCUCAAAAUCAAUAAUCCGUCCCGGACGCCGCUCCGGCUCAGGAUACGAGUGUCGUACGUGUGCGAAGGCGGCCCCGUGCUGGAGCAGGCGGAGGUGAACGCCUUCCCCGCCGACCUGUUCAACUGACGCGCGCGCAGCCCGCCCGGC